AUGGGUGUCAAGGCAUCAUCAGACGAUAUCCCGCUCCAACGAUGUCCAGACAUCGCUAUCAAGGUUGAUACACCAAAAGGGCGUGGUGUGUUCGCUACCAGAGACAUACCAGCGCGGACGAUCCUAGACAUAUGCCCAGUAUUGAUUUUAGGAAUAGAAGAAAACAAAAAGCACAUAGAAAACACCUCGCUUUAUCAUUAUACCUACAAUUGGCCAAUUGUAGACAACAAUGGCAAUAGCAAAGUCGCCCAGGCCGUCAUAUUCGGAUUGGGAAGCAUGUUCAACCACUCUACCCAAGAACAAAACGUGGGAUGGAUGCGUGAUACUCAACGCCAAAUUAUUACGUACCGAGCACUGAGAGAUAUUCCCGCAGGAGAAGAGCUUUGCAUAUCAUACGGAAGUCAUCUGACCUUCAAAGACGCAGAUGCUACACCUCCAACGCCACCGGAAGACGAAAUUGAACAGCUUCGAAUGAUUGAGCCUUAUUAAGUAAUCUUUGGAAGUACAG